AAAGUCUCGCUCUGUAACACAGCGCUCAGCAGUGAGAAGUGUCUUGGACAAUGGCUUUAUACGUGUUACCGGAGGGAUUUAGUGAUUUUGACAUGUUCGCCUUCGGCUCUGUGCUGCUGGUGGGCGGUCUUCUUGGUUUCUUUCUUAAUUUAAUCUCGAUCAUGGCGUUCCUCAGAAUCCGGGAGAUGCAGACGCCCAAUAACUUCUUCAUCUUUAACCUGGCCGUGGCCGACCUGAGCCUCAAUAUUAACUGUUUAGUGGCUGCUUACGCCAGUUACCUGAGAUACUGGCCGUUUGGGUCGGAGGGCUGCCAGAUUCACGCUUUUCAGGGAAUGGUGUCGAUCCUCGCCGCCGUCUGUUUUCUGGCUGCCAUUGCUUGGGACAGAUAUCAUCAGUACUGUACUAAGCAGAAGAUGUUCUGGAGCACGUCUAUGACCAUCAGCACCAUCAUCUGGAUCCUGGCCGUGUUCUGGGCGCUCCUGCCGCUGCCGGCCAUUGGAUGGGGCGUCUUUGACUUUGAGCCGAUGAAAACUUGCUGUACGCUCGACUACACACAAGGAGACCGGAGUUACAUCACCUACAUGGUGUCCAUCACUUUACUGUAUUUAGCAUUCCCUGUUAUGGUUUUGCAGUCGUCCUACAAUUCCAUCUAUGCUUAUUUCAAAAAGACACACCACUUUAAGUUUAACACAGGGUUACCUCUGAAAGCGCUGCUGUUCUGCUGGGGUCCGUAUCUUCUGCUGUGCACAUACGCCUGCUUCGAGAACGUUAGCCUCAUUUCACCAAAGCUCAGAAUGGUUCUUUCAGUGCUUGCCAAGACAUCUCCGAUCUUCCACGCCGUCCUGUACGCGUUCGGGAACGAGUUCUACCGUGGAGGAAUCUGGCAGUUCCUCACCGGGCAGAAAUCUGCAGACAAAAAGAAAUAGUGAAUGAGCUUUAGCCAUGUAAUGUUGUAUUCAGACGAGUCUGCAAGAAUUUACACGUGAUGUGACUGUAAUUCAUGUCAAAUCAGUGCCUAACACAUUUGGAGAUAUUUGUCCAGAAUUUCACAAAGUGAUUAUAGAAGACGGACAUAUGAAGCCUUUCAGUUCUCUGCAGUGUGAGAGAUCACUUACACAGUUCAUUUAGGACACAAUCAUUUAACCAUUUCAUUGUUCUUGCCUUACUGUUGCUGUUGAUCAGUGCAAGAGAAUCUAAUAUUCAUGUGUAAAUCUGUAAGUAACCCUAACUUGAAACCAGUGAGGGAACUGCUAAAAACAAAAGGGCUUUUCAUUGUUUAUCCACAGAAUAAACCGUGAGGCACAAGACAGUUUGUGACGGUUCUUUAGAUGUUCAGAAGGAGACUAAUGAAGGCUAAAUAACUCCAAUAGAAUCUCUCAUCAAGGACUGGAUUGCAGAUAUUCAUCUUCACUGGUUUAGACUUUAGAAAAUGCCCUGAUUCCUCGGUGUGUGUGCGUGUGUGUGUGUGUGUGUGGGUGCGUGCGUGUGUGUGUGGGUGCGUGCGUGCAUGUGCGUGUGUGUGUGUGUGUGGGUGCGUGCGUGCAUGUGCGUGUGUGUGUGUGUGUGGGUGCGUGCGUGCAUGUGCGUGUGUGUGUGUGUGUGUGUGCGUGCAUGUGUGUGUGUGUGCGCGUGUGUGUGAGUGUGUGCGUGCGUGCGAGUGUGUGUGUGUGUGUGUGCGUGCGAGUGUGCGAGUGUGUGUGUGUGUGUGUGUGUGUGCGUGCGUGCGAGUGUGUGUGUGCGAGUGUGUGUGUGUGUGUGUGUGUGUGUGUGUGCGUGCGUACGUGCGAGUGUGUGUGUGUGUGUGUGUGUGUGUGUGUGCGUGCGUGUGUGCGAGUGUGUGUGCGAGUGUGUGUGUGUGUGCGAGUGUGUGUGUGUGUGCGUGUGUGUGCGUGCGUGCGUGCGUGCGAGUGUGCGUACGUGCGAGUGUGUGUGUGCUCGUCAGGAGUCUGAAUGCUCAGUGUUCGGUGUGUUGCUGAUGUUCACAGAUCUUCUCAGUCUCCAGCUCAGAUCUGGAAGCGGUGGCUAAUCAACAUUCAUGUUCAGGAUUAGAAAUUCUCCAGGAUUUUGUAAUCUGCAGUAAUUCCACUGCACAAGGAGCUGCUCUCAUAUCAGUAGAUUUGGGUUUCUGACGUAUGUUGAAGACCAAAGAGGAUCAGGAGAGCUUUAGCGCAGCCGGUCACGGGACGGCUCUCGGACACACACCGAACUCUGAAACACACCAGAGCAGAGCAGAGGAGGAACGUCUGGUCGUUCUUUCAUUCAUUCACUGAGCUUUACUCUUUAUUGUCUUUCCUACUCUUUAAUGUGAGUGAACUGUGUGUAUUGAUGUCUAUCCGUUCACAUUCCUCCACAGUUCCUGGAAUCAGGUGUUUUUAACAUGAGCUCAAAUAUAAAACUGAACAUGGCAAACAUUUUUUGAUUUUUGAAUGCUGUUUAGAAAAGCAGGUGAUGCAGAUGGAGAUCUUUUGGAUAAAGUACAAAUUCAUGGCAA